AUGCCUCCCAGGGAGGACGGGGCAUCAAAGACCUUUACUUGGAUUACUGGCGAUCCACGCAGCAAGAAGAACAUCACACAGAUUCGGCGACAUGCGGGGCAGAAUUCCGGGGUGAAAGCUGAAAAUAGCGCUAGAACUCGCUCGAGUUCUUCGCCUAGGCCAGGACUUCGAGGCUCUACAAAGCCCUUUAGAGCUGUUCAUCCUUCUUCCAAGGUUGACGAGACCGCUGGGAAGUUCUUGAAUUCACAGGGCGAUGUGAACAGUCCCUUCCAUGUGGAUUACCCUUUCAGCACUGCGGAAAAUGGCACGGCUCCCUCAGCUCCCGCUCAUCAAGAUCAAGUCAACGCCUACGAGCCAGUCUACCCGCUUCCAUCAAGCCUGAGAGAAGCGACUUCUACGAACCAAGAGGCUCCUCCCUCACGAAAGGUCACCAUCUGGGAUCUGGUUAACCACUCGGCCGAGGAAGAAGAGAGGCACAAGCUGGAACUACUGGGUUCAACUCCAGGGCAAGACACAGACGAUGGUCGAGCCGAUUAUUUUGGCAAUCACAUCGGCCAUACAGAACUCAAGCAAGCAUUGAGCGAGGUACGGGCACAUUCUCCGCGCAACUCUCGGAAAGUGUCUCCGUUGCCGGCUACUGCAGCCCUGCAAGCCAACAUUGCCAAACGCCGCAAGCCCACCGCGCAGGCGGGUCACUCGAACGCAUCAUGGCGCAUCGGUAUGGCGCCCUCCGCCGUCAUGACUCUGUCCAAGGAAGACUCACAAAUAGAACAGAUCCUCUUACAAACCAGCACCUUCUACACGAGCAAGUUCGAGUCCUCGUGGUGCGGACAAAUCCAUGACAUCGAGCGCAUCAACUCUUUCGAGAUGCUGAGCGUUGAAAAUUUCAGCGGCUCCAUCACAACGGCCGCCGGACUGAUGGCUGUUGGAAGGAUUGACUCGGCCUCAUCCAUACUCAGCCGUGUCCUCCCUACGCUGUCAGACCUCCUGAUCUUGCAACACCCAAAGCUUUACUACAUCCUCGCAGACCUCAGUCUUGACACCUCCAACACUGAACUCGGACGCCUACGUAGUCAAGUGAAGAAGUUCGCUGCCGCCGCAUCUCUCGCGAUCCUCGGGCCUUCCCACCCGAUCACUGCUCUGCUCCAACUCACCCUCACGAGCACCGACCAGCGUCUCCGACUCCGCGAAUUGAUUCAGCGCAAAAUUCACGAGCUGCACGAACACCUUUUCAGUGCCACCUCUCACGAGACAACCGCGCAGUACUACUACCUCGCGCGUGUGCUCGCCCAGCUGGGACACCUGGAUGAAGCAGCUCGCAUACUCACGCGAAUCAUUCCUAUGUGGGAAAACACCCACACCAAAAACAGUCUCCUGCCCGUGACCGGCCUUCUCGAACUCACCAAAGUCCACCUCGCCUUGGGUAACACUAAUCAAGAUACAGAAUCGCUCGUAUCCGAUGCUCUGCGCCGCACACUGACCAUCGAAAAAUCUUCGGAGGACCAGUCAUCCCCUCUAGCGGAAGUGGUGCACUCAAGGAUGGGCUGUUUGAGAACACUGGGCCGGUUACAUGUGAUGAGGGGAAAUGUGCAGACCGCCAUGAUGCAGUAUACAGCCGCAGUGAGUGUCGGCGUAGGGGAGCUGGGAGCGCGCGUGCCCGCUGUGCAGCUCGCCGUGGCGGAUCUCGAUGCGGUGACUCGCAUGACUGUGCAUUCGGACGACGACGACGAUGACAACAACACCCUUCACGAUGUAGAUCGAGUGGCGCUGCCAUCAGUGAAGCUCGGACCUGACAUCUGGGAAGCGGCGAGGCUGAAUCUAGACGCCUUCUUGAAUACCGAGGGUUCAUGA